AUGAGGUCCAGAUUUCUAUGCUGUAUUAACAGUCUGCGUCUGGUCCGUCCCUACCGCCUUCUGGGUGUACGAUGUACUUCAACUUUACAUGCAGAGCCACAAGUCCGGCUUGUCCCAAAUGCGUUCGAGGGCAUAAAGCACUCCCAAAUUCCAAUAACAGUGAAAGAAGUGGACAGAGCCACUCAAGAACUUGCUGAUUUCAACUGGCUGCAAUACGAGAGUUUGGGGAGCGCUGAGUCUCUUAUAAAGGGUUUGGAUGAUGAGGUCUCAGAUGAUGAAUUCUGGAUAUCCACCGCGCACAGGUGCAUGAGCCACCAAGCGUUUUUGGAGACUGGGGUGGUGAAGCUUUUAAGUGACUACAGUGUGUUAUUUGACCCGGACCUAGACAAGAUCUACACAAUAUUGAUGUCUGAGUUCAUAGCGAAAUCCCCACAGACCCUACUGUUUCAACGGCUACACAAAGCGUUAUAUCCAAGACUCGUCGAACUCCACAAACAGAUAAACUGGAGCCCCAUUCUUAGAGCAGCACUAUCCUCGAAUAAGCUGGAGUCAAAGGCGUCUCUUCAUAUUUUGCACUCCCAUAUAAACCUGCAGAAACAUGGGUUCUACGAGCAUCUGAUACCGCUUCUCAUAGAAAGUGAAUGCAAUGCCAGCCAAAUAUAUAGAGUCAGCAAAAACUUGCUGCUUUCAGGAGAUUUCCCACGAAGCUCAGCUCCGCAUUUAGACAUGGUUCUGGAUAUGCUGAUGAAGAACAAGAUGUACAACAAUGUGAACUCGAUGAGAGAAUUGCUAUGCUCCAGCGAUAGACUCCAUGGUUUAUCAGACAACUGGCUCUCAAGCAGAUCUGUACUGCUGUUAUUGCAGGCGAUUGGAUUCAGCGGUAAUCAAGAAAAGGAGAUGAAAGCUUUUUUGAACCGCUUUUCCAAGAACGACUUUAUGAACACCCCCAACUGCUGGUCUGCUGUUGUUAGAAAAUACAAGCUUAAAGAGUCUCUUCCCUCUAUAAGCAAGCUUUACGAUAAGGCACUAUCUGCUGAAAAACUUCGAGAAAUCAUAAAGCAACGUGGCGUUCCUGACUCUCCGCAGCUUAUGGAUGCAUUUUUGGUCAAGACCACUAAGUCUGCCCAACAGUUUGAGCAACACUUCAUGCAAGAAGUUGAUCAGAUAGGGGCUGGAAACCGAGCUGGAUUUUCUCCCAAGGCCUUGGGUUCUUUUUUCAAGGUUUACCUAUCGGGCUCCUUGCCAGAUGAGGACAUUACUGGAGUUCAGAGAGCUGAAAAGUCUCUGUUAAUGCUUGGUAAGUUCUCCAAACCCGUUCCCCUAAAAGAGGCAGAUUUGAAUUACAACAACCAAAUUGUGCGAGGGUAUAUUGAUGGUCUGUUGAGCUCAAGUACAAUCCCUCUCGAUACAAAGGUUUCAUUUUUGAGCAGACUCCAUGAGUUUAUGAGAACAGAACAAUCUAGUGGCUUGAAAGUGCUGCCAAAAUCACCUUCCGCUUCUCAUCUACGAACAGCUGUCCAGCUUGAUGUAAAUUUUGUUGUGGCAUACUUGAGACUGGGAAUGUUUCAAAACGGUCUUGCUCUGCUGGAUAAUCUAUUAGACGAACUCGAGACUUUCAAGUCUGCAAAUCCCAGGCUUUUCCAGUUCAAAUGGUCAAUGAGCGAUGAUGACAAUCUGAUACCACCUUUCCUAGCGAAAUCUCUCGUGAAUACUUUGAUCGACGGUUACACUCUACAAGCAAAGCAAAGGGUCUCAAGGAGGGACCGCAAGACACGGCCCUACACUGUUAUGAAGACGCUGUUGAGAAUGCGGGGACUCGAUUCAGAAUCGGUUAGACCAUCGUCUUGGAAACGAUUAUUACUAAAUGUUGCUUAUACCAGAAGCUUCGAAGAGACUUUCACUUUUUCCGAAUGGUUGGCAGAGAGCUUCAAAGACCAAGGACCCUCGGGUGUUCCAUUGCCCUCUAUCAGCGGCUCACAUCACCCUCUGAACGUGAUUUUUGAUGACAACACGGUCUUCAGGUUUAUCAGGAUUGGUUUCUUGCAAGAAGUGUUGAACCCAGCUGCUUUCGAGAACAUCGAAUCUGCUGUGAAAGAGAAGGACGUGAGAUCGCACUAUCAACCUUGGCUGCCCUUAGAGCAUUUAUUGAGACUGUCCGAAAAGUAUGGGUUCGCCUUAAAGUCACAGAGACUACAGAACGAUAUCUCAUUUUACUUGAAGAUGCUUUAUACCAGUGACCUUGGUGCUAAUGAUUACAAGUGGAAAAGCAUCAGAGCCAACAAUCCGUACACCAUGUACGAAUUGGUGGAACGCAUGAGCUCCAGUUUAAAGCAGCUGGAUGACGGGAAAAUUGAUCUUAAGGUUCUUGAAUAG